AUGGGCAUUUUCCGAAAGGUCUUCAUGAGCGCUGCAGGUCUCCGUGACGAUUACCAGAGACCAGAAAUUGGCACAACUGAAGUCAAAAGAGAGCGUCUUACUCCCGAGCAAGUGAAAUUGGUUUUGGACCCCAAAGCAAGACACAGCGGUAUCCCUGCUAUUCCAACUGAUAUUGGCUACGACAGUGGAAAAGGAAUCGGAGGAAAGAAGAAGAGUGGUGUUGUCUCCCAAGUGACUAGGAAUCCAGCAGUUAUUGUGGGCAUGGGUCUUACUACACUCGCCUUGCUAGGAAUGUUCAGAAGUACAUGCGAUACCGAGUUCUUGGGUGACAAAAUGGGCGCACAGAAGUACAUGCGAUACCGAGUUAUGGCUCAGUUCUUCACUGUGACAGCGCUCGUAGCAGGAAUUACCCUAUUUGGAUCCACAUAUGAAAAAGAUAAUAUCAAGAACAUGGUGCUGCAGAAGCAGUAA